UGAUAAUUGACGAGACCUGGCCCGCUCACUGAUUUAUGUGACCGUCCCAUUUUGCCUUCUCGGAUUUGCUGCCUCAAAAAUCUACUCCAAAUUCGAAGACCAAAGCUUUCCGUUUCCGACGCUGUGUGCAGAUAUACAGAUUCCAUUUCGAUGCACGCACGAAUUCCAAAACUCGAAGUCUUUCCAUGUAGUACUACCUACGACUACGUGCACCAAAGGGCGAAGGCAACGAAUCCAUAGAUUCCAAGUAAUUCUCUCUUCACGAGCCGCUUCCGUUACUAAUCCGCCGCGUCAAUCGCAGCCGGCCGGCUAUAGCUAGCUCGCCUCGUGAUCGACCAGGGUAUAAAGAGGCCGCCGGAAAGGUGCCUCUGCUUUCCCCUUUCCCUCUCCUUGCGAUGAUGCUGCUCGUCUGCAAGAACUCCGUGCUCGCCCUCCUGCUGCUGCACGUCUUCUUGCUGCACGGCUCGGCGGUCGCCGCCGGCCUCGCUCGGAGUCACCGGCGCGACGUCCUGCCCGGCCCGAAGGGAUGCGAUGUCUUCAGCGGCAGCUGGGUCCGCGACGACGGUUCGACGACGGCGACAGCGGCGUACACCGGGUUCAGGUGUCCCGUCAUCGACCCGCAGUUCAACUGCCAGCUCUACGGCCGGCCGGACUCCGAUUACCUCCGGUACCGGUGGAAGCCGGCCAGCUGCGAGCUACCGAGGUUUGACGGCUUGGACUUCCUGAUGAGGAUGAAGGGGAAGACGGUGAUGUUCGUUGGGGACUCGCUGGGCCGUGACCAGUGGGAGUCGCUCGUCUGCCUGCUGCACGCCGCCGUGCCGCAGUCGCCGUGGCAGCUCGUCUCCGCCGACCCUCUUUACACGUACAAGUUCAUGGAGUACGAGCUGGUGGUGUCAUUCCACCGCGUGCCGUACCUGGUGGACAUCGACGUGAUGCAGGGGAAGCGCGUGCUGAUGCUGGACGACAUCGCCGAGAACGCCCAAGCGUGGCGCGGCGCCGACGUGCUCUCCUUCAACUCCGGCCACUGGUGGACGCACACCGGCGCACUCCAGGGGUGGGAUUACAUGGGAGAGGGCGGGCAAUACUCGGAGGACAUGGAUCGGAUGGUGGCGUUCCAGCGCGGGAUGACCACCUGGGCCAGCUGGGUGGACCUCAACGUCGAUCCGGCCAAGACCCGUGUCUUCUUCCAGUCCAUGUCCCCCACUCACUACAGCUCAAAGGAGUGGCCCAAUCCGGUGUCCAAGAACUGCUACGGGGAGACGGUCCCGACGACCGGGCUCAACUCGACGGCGCCGCCCACGGGGCAGGAGCAGGUGAUCAAGUCCGUGCUCCAGGGCAUGAAGAGCCCGGUCCGUCUGCUCGACAUCACUGCGCUGUCGGCGAUGCGGAAGGACGCGCACCCGUCGGUGUACAGCGGCGACUACUCGUCGGCGCAGCGCGCCAACCCCGCCGGCUCCGCCGACUGCAGCCACUGGUGCCUCCCCGGCCUCCCGGACACGUGGAACCAGCUCUUCUACACCUUGCUCUUCUACCAAUAGCAGCGACAGCACUGGGUGUCUGGAUGCGCUGCUGCGUUAGGGCUAACUGCUCCCAUUGCCAUGUCAGUGUUGAUUGUUUUUCUCUUUGUGUAACAAUGUUUAGUGCGGACCUAGGCAGACAAGGUUGAUAUGAACGUACAUUGAUAUUUGAAUGCCAAACUAUAAACUUCCACCAUGAUGUAUAGCAUGGCUUUGGUUUGCGGUCCAAGCGUCUCUUUCAUUA